AUGGAUAACUUGCAAAGGAGAGGCAUUUCGUUGGUAAACCGAUGUUGCCUCUGUAAGGCAGGUUUGGAAUCUAUCAGUCAUCUUCUCUUGCACUGUGAGUGGUCUUCUAAAAUUUGGGCAAAUGUUCUGAGGCUGCUGGGCAUUUCUUGGGUCACUAAUUCUUCUGUGGACAAGGAAUUAUUGGCUUGGAAGGGCGUAAGCAGGGACAAUAGGCUAGGAAGUUUUAUCCAAUUAAUUUCAAUUUCUGUGAUGUGGAUGCUAUGGCUGGAAAGGAAUAACAGAGUGUUCAAAAGCAAAGAUUCCUCCAUAGACACUUUCUUAGUCAACUCGUUUGAUUGCCUUAGGUUCUGGGGCACUUCCUUUUCUGGGAACAUUUUUGAUCAUCUGAUUAUCUCCCCCUUCUAA